AUCAGAGUGCAAAACACUCUCUUCUCUGCACAAACAACACCAUGAAACGUAGCCAUGCCGCGACGGAGUCAUUUCUCCCCUCCGGUCUAAAAUCCGAAAAGCUCAGCCUCCCAUCACUUCAAUCAAAGAUGAAAUGCGACCCUGAAGGCUACGAAUCCGAACUCCUCUUAAUCCGCAGCCAAUUCAACUCCUCCCUUGAACUCUUCCAACAACAAUCCGCCAUGAACUUCACUUCCAUUUCCGGCAUCUCCAACGAUCCCACCGUCGCCAAAGAUCUCGCUGAUAAAGCCAUGUUCCUCUCUCAUCUCACCUCCUUUUACCCUCAACACCUCUCUCAAUUCCCUAACAAACUCGCUGAGUUGCUUCGUUGCGCUGCUCGAACACUUCCUUCUGGGCUUCGUAACGAUUUAGCCAAUUCUCUUAUCCUUCUUGUUAAUCGAGAGAUUGUUACUAUUAAAGAUACGCUUUCGUUGUUUAUGGAGCUUCAAACGUUAGGUGAUAAAAAGCUGAGGGAGUUGACGUUUGCGCACGUUGUUAAAAGCAUAAAACGUAUGAACCAAAAACAUAAGGAUGAAGCCAAAAACCGUGCCCUUCAGAACAUUCUUUUUGUCAUGUUGCAGCAAGAGGAUGAAGACCGGGCCAAGAGGGCGCUUGUGACACUUUGUGAGCUUCACAAGAGACGAACAUGGUUUGAUGAGAGAACAGCAAAUGCAAUUUGCACUGCUUCCUUCCAUCCAUCGUCAAGAAUCAUGAUAUCAACAUUAUGCUUUCUGCUUGAUUAUGAGAAGAUUGAAAACUACCAAGAUAGUGAUGAUGAAAGCAGUGAUGAGGAAGCAACCGAAUCACCUCAAGUUAUUCUUAGAAGGGAGACGGUUUACAAGGCAAGCCACCAAGGUACAUCAGCUAGCAAAAAGAAAAAGAAAAGGCAAUUAGACCGCAUAAUACGUAACAUGAAAAAGAAAGAGCGCGGAUCAUCUGAAAGGAAGAGUAACAUCUAUUACUCACCACUCAACCAUCUGAAAGAUCCACAGGGUUUUGUGGAGAAGCUGUUCUCACGUCUGCAGAAAUGCAAUGAACGAUUUGAGGUCAAGAUGAUGAUGUUGAAAGUGAUAGCUCGAACAAUUGGGCUUCACCAGUUAAUGUUGUUAAACUUUUACCCUUAUCUUCAGAAAUAUAUCCAGCCCCAUCAACGAGACGUUACAAAUUUGAUUGCAGCAGCGGUUCAGGCUUGCCAUGAUAUGGUUCCUCCUGAUGCAGUUGAACCCUUGUUCAAACAAAUUGUAAAUCAAUUUGUACAUGACCGCUCACGUCCAGAGGCUAUCACUGUUGGAAUAAAUGCAGUCAGGGAGAUAUGCCUGCGUAUGCCACUGUUAAUGAGUGAAGACCUACUUCAAGACCUUGCUCUAUAUAAGAAGUCACAUGAGAAAGGAGUUUCAAUAGCAGCUCGAUCUCUGAUUACAUUAUUCCGAGAGGUUUGCCCUUCACUGCUAAUUAAGAAGGACCGAGGGAGGCCUACUGACCCCAAGGCAAAACCAAAGGCUUAUGGAGAAGUCAAUGUUGCGGCUGACGUUCCUGGUGCUGAGUUGUUACAGAUUAUUGAUGAUGAUGUUGAGCAGGAGAGUUCUCAUUCUGAUGACUGUGGUUCAGACAAUGCGCAGGAAGAUGAUCAGGUAAGUUUAAAUUCUGAUGAUGACAACCAGCUAGGCAGUGAUAAUACCGGAAGUGAUGAUGAUGAAGCCGAAGAUCAUGAUGGUGUAUCAGACGAUGAAAACGAUAGAAGUUCUGAUUACGAAACCAGUGGUGAUGAUGCUGAUAAUGUUGAAGACGAGGGGGAUGAUCUAGAAGACAGUGAAGAGGAUGGUGGGAUUUCGGAACAUGAAGGAGAUGGUGAUCUGCAUAUUCUUGGAAGUGUGGAUACAAAAACUACGUUGAAAGACUUGGCAAAAAAGAGGAAGUUUAGCGAUUUCAAUGAUCAACUUACAGCUGCAGAUUCAAGUCUCCGGGCUUUGAAGAAGUUGGCAGGGACAACAAUGGAGAAUGCCCUGCCAGAAAAUGAAGAUGGAAUUCUUUCCAAUGCAGACUUUCAGAGGAUCAAGGAACUAAAGGCCAAAAACGAAGCAAGAACUGCAUUAGCACAGCAUGGGCUUUUAAAGUCAUCAACAAAUAAGAUUCCAAGCUCUGAUCAACUAGGUUUAAAGCGAGUGGAUGGUUCCAUGCUUGAAGCUCAUGUAAAGAAAAAGCUUAACAAGGAGGAGAGGUUGGCGAUGGUUAGAGCAGGGAGGGAGGAAAGAGGACAGUACCAUGCUCGAGCAGCUGUAAAACAGAGAAAGACGGGUGGUCUAAGUAACAAACAAAAGGAACACAAGAAACAAAUGCCGAUGGUUGCAAAGAGAAAGAAGGUGGCAAGAACUAAGAUAGAGAAAAGGAUAAAACAGUCGCGGUCUGGUAAACAACAACGUGGGAGGAAAGCGUGGAAAUAGGGAGCAACAAAUACGGGGCAGUGUUGCAUCAUAACCUGAUUCUUUUUGUUCUUAGAAUGUACAAUUAGUCUGUUUUUUCCGGACCUCUAUUUUAUGUUAAGCCAACUGCAAUCAACGAGAUGCUGCUUGAUUUUUUAUUUUAUUUUUAUAUUAAAUUUUGAUUGUGUAAUUUUGAUGCUGCUUGUUUCACUCAUUACUUUCUGAAACCUUCUAUUUAAUGGCAACACAGUUUAGUUGAAA